AUGGCCAAUAUUUUAUUAUUCUUUUUCUUUUGCUUAGCAGCCAAUGAUUACAGGGUUGAUGGUACUACGUUACCCAUAUCUACAACAGAAGAAGACGAAAUAAAGAGACAUCUGAACCUCAUCAACAAGCCUCCCAUUAGGAGCUUCCAAACGGAACAAGGUUAUAUUGUUGAUUGUAUUGAUAUCCACAAGCAACCAGCUUUUGACCAUCCUUUCUUGAAAAAUCAUAAGCUUCAGAGAAAGCCAACUUUUCUAGAGAGAAGGAAGCAUGCUUUUUAUUAUGUAACAAAUAAAACACUAGAUUUUGUGUUAGAGAAAUUCUCUUGUCCAAAAGGGUAUGUUCCUAUCCGUAGAACAUCUAAAGAUGACCUUAUUAAUGAAAUCAAAACCACUUCUUUUGCUCAUCAUCACUUGGCUCAAAGCUUCCCAGGAAAUCAUCUUGUAGCAAUGAUAAUGGACAAUAGAGAGGAUGGGUAUAUGGGAGUUAAUGGCCACAUCAAUGUUUAUCAACCAAAAGUAAGGAAGUAUCAAAUGAGUAUUGCUCAAAUUGCGGUUCAGAACGGUGAAUCUAAUGGAAUUAACACAAUCCUUUUUGGGUGGCAGGUGUCCCCGCAAAUUUAUCACAACAAAUUAACACACGUUUUCGUUCUAUGGACGUCGGAUUCAUUCAGGACAACAGGAUGUUACAAUAUGAUGUGUCCAGGUUUUAUACAGAUUGAUCCUCAUUUCACUAUUGGCCUCCCUAUCAUUAAUCUCUCUACUUAUGAAGGCCCACAAUUCGAAAUUUCUUUGUCAAUUUCACAGGAUUCCCAAACAAAAAACUGGUGGCUAGUAGCACAAAACAGACACAUUGGAUAUUUUCCAGCAGCAUUAUUCUCAAACUUGUCAACGGCCAAUAGAGUUGGUUGGGGUGGCAGAGUUUCUGGUGUUAUGAAGGGUCAGAGUCCACCCAUGGGCUCCGGUCACUUCCCAGAUGGGGACCUGACACAUGCCUGUUUCAUCAGAAAGAUUUCAUAUGUUGUGUCUGAUGGCUCAACCGAGGAACCGGUUCAGGAUGUUCCAAAACUUGGGGGUGAUAAUCCUCAAUGCUAUGGCCUCAAAUAUUUUGGCUUUUUGGAUCCCCAAAAUAGAUUCACCCUUCAGUUUGGGGGCCCUGGUGGAUCUUGUGCCAUAUAAAUUAAAUGUGAAACAAAUAUCAUAUAUGUAUAAUUAAUGUAUUCUUGGAUCAAUAAUAAUGUUGGUUCUCAUUCUUAUUUUUAAUUCUUGCAAUAAA